AUGGAGGAAAGUCAUGUAGUAGCUUUCUGGGGCAAAAUUCAGAGAAUAAAGGAAGCAAAGCAGAAACCUGAAGGUUCAGUUCGGCAUGAGGUUGGAAUUGAAAAAACUCAUCCCCAAGAAAAGGCUGUUCCAGUUAAUGAAAUAUCAGUUGCAAUUGCUGCACAAGAAGAUAUCCAUUCUCUGCCCUCAAAAAAUGAGGGAAAGCUCCCGGAAUCUGAAAAUGUCUCUUCUUCUAUAGAUGCCCUUUAUCAGGUGCAGAUUUCUAAAUCAUGUGAAGAUGAUCAAUGUUCCACAUCUAGUAGUACAUUUGAGCUACCUCAACCAUCUGUAACUCCUCAGAGAGUUUAUUAUUCAGAGAGGAUACCCCGAGAUCAAGCAGAGCUGAUGAAUAGUUUAUCAAUGUCUGACAAUUCGCUUGGUUCUCAGUUUCUUAUUUCUCAUUCUCAUUCUGAUAUAUCUGAACAGAAGACAAUUACAGAAUCUGCUGAAAAAUUUAUUCAAAGUAAUCUGGAUCUCCAUACUGAGCACCCUGUGCCAACUGCAAAACCAUUGCAUUUGCAUAUAGAUCCUCAACAAAUCAAUAAUGGACUUGCCCAACUCCAGAAGUAUAAGGAGUUUGCAAAUGCGGUUUCUCGGAUGAAUAAGACACUGUCUGAUUCUCAAGAUAUUCUGCAGAAUGGAUUCAAGCUAGCAGCUCCAAAUCAUGUGGAUGAUAAAGAUUCUGGAAACAGAGAUGCUAUGCUUAAGGCUGACCAUGAUCACACUGUAGGUAACCAGAAAAAAUUCCUGGUUGAUGAAACUGGAGAAUCUGGAUCUUGGAAUCCUGCUGCAUCUCAAGCAACUUCUAUUGUGCACCUCAAGGAUCCUGUGACUGAUCUCCCAGGGCCUAAAUUGGGUGAGAUAGCAGGCAAGGAUUUUGCUAGUAACAAUCUUGGACAUUCUCAGCCAUUUUCUCUGACAGAGAGCUCAACUAAUGAUAUUUCCCGAGGAAUACACCCUGUUGGUGUUUCAGCAACAAAACAGGCAGACAUCAGUAUAGAUAUUAAUGACAGAUUCACUCGUGAUUUUCUUUCUGAAAUAUUCUUUGGAGGGAUACUUACUGAGGAUAAGGCAGGUGUUAGUCCAAUGCACAAAGAUGGAGCUGGCAUGAGUGUAAUCAUGGAAAAUCAUGAGCCUAAGCACUGGUCAUAUUUUCAGAAAUUAGCACAUGAAGAGUUUGUUCAAAAAGUUGUUUCUCUUAUUGACCAGGAUCUUCUCGGUACCCCCUCUAUACUAGCAAAAGAUAAAGAUGGAAAUCAGAAGUCUUAUCAUUUUGUACCUUUGAGAGCAGAUGGAGUUACAAUGGGCCAUAAGUAUUCCCAGCUCCAUUUUGGUGAAGACAUCAAUAAAAAAAAAUUGGGAGGAGCUGAUUCCACAGUUCAUUCAGAUUUUGAUCAUUCCCAGGUGAAGGGCAGCGAAAAUCUGCGGUUUGGCCCUAUGAUGGAGAAUUUAAAAUCUCCUGCGUCACAGUAUGAGGGUGGGAAGAAAAUCUUUAACCCAAAAGGGAAGCCAUAUAUUCCCAAUUUCAAGCAGGUUUUUGAGCAUUUCUGCAUCCACACAGGUGGGUUUGCAUUUAUAGAUGAACUGCAAAAGAACUUUCAGCUAUCUGCAGAGCAAGUUGAGGCUUCAAGGAUGACACCACGCUGUUUUGGGAAUACCUCAUCUUCAUGGCAGAUGAGGCAUCUCAAGAAUUGA